CCAUCCGCUGCCCCCACCAUCCCAAUUCAAAUUUGAAUCUCCACCGAUCCCAUCCUCUUCCUCUAUCCUCCGCUGGCCGGCGGACCUCGCCCCUCACCGCAUCUGGAAGAUUCAAGCCGUCCAGGGAGGCUAAUACAUGAUGAUUGACGGACAAUCGGAGGGGUUCACCGACCUGCUCAUCAGAUUGUCUGGGCCAGGGAUCGAGUUUACGCCUGAUUGGUUUCCGAGCUUUCCGAUCCAUUCUUCCGAGACAAGCGCCCGAACCUCUCCGUCCAGCUUGGGUUCUAACCUGAGCGAGCGAUCCUAGCACGCCAGAGUUGCAUAAUGAAUCACCGUUGCCGGCUGAUUCUCAUAUGCCGACCUCAACCGAGUCCCCUCCAUCAGAGAGCACCUGGAAGCAGAGGUUCCGCCGUGGAGAAAUUCCCGAUUCCAGGCCCGCGAGUUCAGGGAGGAAGAGUGCACUAGAGAAAGCUAUGAGGAGAUGCAGGGACAAGCACUCGGACGCUAUAAUUGAACCAGAGUUAGGGAUGGAGUUUGAUUUGCUGCCUGAAGCAUUCGAUUUUUACAACAUUUACUCAUGGGAGAUUGGUUUUGGAAUAAGGUACGGGUCGUCAAGAAUUAACCCUGCAAAGAGCAAAGUCAGGCAGGACAUAACAUGUGGCUGUGAGGGAAAACCUAGGCACUUAAACUCACGAUCGGUUUGCUGCGGCUGCCGAGCUAUGAUUCGUCUGCAUCGAAUAGAUGACUAUGGAUGGUACAUUCAUGAGUUCAGAAGGGAUCAUAAUCAUGGUUUGGCAGUGAACAGGGGCCAAAAGAUGCAGUUUUCUUCGCAUAGGUUCAUUGACCCACACACAAAGGACCUUGUUAGGAACCUCAGGGACAAUAACGUCGGCCUGACCAAGACCUUCAGCGUAAUCGGCAGCUUCUUCGGUUCAAUGGAAAAUAUCCCUUUCAAAAAGCGUUCACUAAGGACGCUCUGUGCGAGUAUCAGUAGGGACCAUUCGGAGGAUGACAUCAGGAAAACAUAUGAAGUGCUGUCAGAAAUGAAGAUGAAGGUCCCCAACUUCCGAGACAGCUGCUUGGUAGACUCUGAAGGGAGGAUGAGAGCACUCAUGUGGACGGUCCGAAGACGCCCUCGAACUGCACCAGGAAGGAGAUGAUCGACGGCUUAUGGUGCUCGACGUACUAGGCGACGAAGCUUCCUUCUUCCGUUGCCGACUUUAACUUCUUGUCGACAGCCUUGGUCCGGAGAACCUGCCGGGCCGAAGGGAGCCCGGCCAAUAUCUCGGCCAGGAUGUCCUGUGUAGAAAGGUAGAAUUGGAUGGGAUAGGUCACAAUGGUGCCUUCCGUGUGAUCUCAUAUAUAUAGGCAAAUACAAGGUAUACAAUAACUACCAUAAUGGCCUCAAUCUCCUAUGAACGGAAGGCUCAAGAUAAGGUGCUAAAUGCUGUUGAUAUUCGGUUAAUGACACCGAUAUCCUAGAGAUAUUCGGUGGCCUAACACUCCCCCGCAGUCGCAGCGGGAGACUGACGGACGUUGAGACUGGACCGAAAAUCCAGAAACAAUGGCGACGCAAGUCCCUUGGUGAAUAUAUCAGCAAAUUGGCGCGAUGAUGGUACGUGGAGAACACGCACUUGACCAAGUGCCACUCGAUCUCGAACGAAAUGUAGAUCAAUCUCGAUGUGCUUGGUGCGCUGAUGCUGAACCGGAUUUGUAGACAUGUAGACGGCGCUAACAUUGUCACAAAAUACGACGGUGGCCCGAGGGAGAGGUCGAUGAAGUUCCGUCAAGAGUUGGCGGAGCCAAGUAGACUCGGCGACGGCGUUGGCGACGGCACGAUACUCCGCUUCAGCGCUGGAACGGGAGACGGUAUGUUGGCGCUUGGAGGACCAAGACACCAAGUUGUCGCCGAGGAAGACGCAGUAGCCUGAAGUAGAACGCCGUGUGUCGGGGCAGCCAGCCCAAUCCGCAUCCCUGUACGUGAUCAUCGAAUCAACGACGGAUGGUAUGAGCUGGAGGCUGUGGCCGAGGGUGCCCUUGACGUAGCGAAGAACACGCUUGAUCAACGCGAGAUGCUGGUCUCGUGGAUCGUGCAUGUGAAGACAGAUUUGCUGCACGGCGUAUGCGAUGUCGGGACGUGUGAACGUCAAGUACUGUAAAGCACCGGCAAGGCUGCGAUACUCCGUAGGAUCGGCGACGGGAGAGCCAGCGGUAGAGGCGAGCUUGGGCGCGGUGUCGAUGGGGGUCGAUGAGGAUGUGCACGCUGUCAUGCCAGCGCGAUCCAGAAUCUCAGCAGCGUUCUUCUGUUGGGAGAGGAAGAUCCCAGAGGAAGUACGGGUGACCGCGAUGCCGAGGAAGUAGUGGAGAUCCCCCAUGUCCGUCAUGGCGAACUCGGAGUUGAGAGCCGUGAUGAUGCGCUGAAGAAGGGGCGUCGAGGAGCCCAUGAGAAUGAUGCCGUCGACGUAUAGGAGCAGGUAGGCUGUGCCGACUGUGCUGUGGAGCACGAAGAGGGAGGUGUCGGACUUGGAGCAAGUGAAGCCGAUGGUCCCGACGAAGGAGGCGAAGCGCUGGUACCACGCGCGCGGAGCCUGCUUCAAACCGUAGAGAGAGCGGUUGAGACGGCAGACAUGGUUCGGGCGGGUGGCGUCGAUGAAGCCCGUAGGCUGUCGAGAGUAGAUGGUCUCGGACAACGUUCCAUGAAGGAAGGCGUUCUUGACGUCGAGCUGGAGGAUGCCCCAGUUGAGGGAGAGCGCGAUGGAGAGGAUGACGCGGAUCGUAGCCGGUUUGACAACCGGACUGAAGGUCUCGUCGAAGUCGAUGCCGGGAGCCUGGGAGAAGCCACGAAGAACCCAACGUGCCUUGUACCGAUCAAGGGAGCCGUCGGGGCUGAGCUUGUGGCGAAAAACCCAUUUGCUAGUGAAGAUGUUGGCCUUGGAGGGAGGAUGCACGAGAUCCCACGUGUUGUUGGACAUGAGUGCACCGUAUUCGGCCUGCAUAGCAUCGAGCCAGUUGGGGUCCUUGAGAGCUGUCCGAACCGUUUUAGGGAUCGGAGACAGGACGCCGGUGGCCGUGGUGUUGAGGUUGAGGCGCUCUCGUGGUCUGAUGACCUUGCCGGCCUGGCGCCGUGUCACCAUCUGAGGAACGACGGGUGGUGGCGAGGGAGAGCGUGGCGGCUUGGCCGAUGGAGAUCUCGGUGGAGAGGAUGCCGUGGAGGGCGUGGCCGAGAUGGUCGGAGAGCGCCCAGGAGUCGCAGUCGAGGGCGAGGACGACGCUGCGGGCGAGGCCCAGGGCGACGCCGCGGGUGAGGCUGCCGCGGCAGAGUAGCGGGCGCGGCAGGCUGCCGAGGGACCGCGGCAGGCUGCCGGGGAGCCACGGCAGGGGUCGGCACCACACGCUGCCGAGAGCGCGCAGGUGGCGGGACGGGGAUGAAUGUGUCGCUGUCAUCGUCCGCAGGGGCCACGAUAUGUUCCUGGAGGAAAUCAUAAGAGUGUGUAACGUUCGUUUUAGCGAACGGAAAGUUAGUCUCAUCAAAGACGACAUGCCGAGAUAUGAUGAUACGGCGAGUCGCUAUUUCCAUGCAUCGGUAGCCCUUGUGAUUAGGCGCAUAGCCAAGAAAGAUGCAUGGAGUAGAGCGAGGAGAUAACUUAUGCAGCAUGGUGGAUGCAAUAUUGGGAUAACAUAGACAUCCAAAGACCCGAAGGUUGGAGUAGGAGGGAGGGGUAGAGUAGAGAGCCACGAAGGGGCAGGAAGCGGAGAUCGCGGUGGUAGGGAGACGGUUUAGAAGGUAUGUGGCAGCAUGUAAAAACUCGACCCAAAACUUAGGCGGCAUGGAGGCUUGGAAUAGAAGUGUGCGAACGAUGUCAUUUACCGUGCGAAUAACUCGUUCGGCCUUGCCAUUUUGUUGGGACGUGUAGGGGCAGGAAAAAUGCACGUGGAUGCCGUGAGUGGACGCAAGAUCAUGAAGAGAUCUGUUGUCGAAUUCCUUGCCAUUAUCACACUGUAUCUGUUGCAGAGUUAGUGCAAACUGAGUUUGUACAUACGUACCAAAGUUAGAGAGAACACCAAAGGUUUCAGAUUUGCGUCGUAGUGGAAAAGUCCAUAAAAAAUGAGUAAAAUCAUCCAAUAUGACUAAGAAAUAUUUAUAACCAGACAUGCUUUCAACCGGAGAGGUCCAGAGAUCACAGUGUACAAGUUCAAAAGGACGCAAAGUACGACUAGUAGAAUCUGAAAAUGGUAAACGAACGUGUCAACCAAGUUGACACGCAUGACAUAGACUGGACCCUUUUAUUUCUUUGUGACAAGGUAGCGAUAACGCGAGGCGGCGGAGCGAGUCGUGUCCUGGGUGACCGAGACGGCGGUGCCAAAGGGUGGGGGCGUCGGUGGAGGCGAUCAAGGCGUGGAGAGCGACACCGGGGGCGGAGUACGGGUAGAGGUCACCGGAACUAUUGCACCUGAGAAUUACCGCCUUGGUAUAGAGGUCCUUCACAGAGAAACCAACAGGGUCAAAUUCAACGGAGACACAAUUAUCACAAGUGAAUUGUCUAACAGAUAUUAGAUUUUUGAUGAUACUAGGAGUAACUGGAACAUUUUGGAGAUGAAGUGGACGGUUAAAAAAAGAUGAACGGAGAGAUGCAUAGCCGGAGGAGGUGACAGGGAGAGAGGAACCAUCACCAACGACUACGCUAGAAAAAGGAGCACGAGAGUUAAGAUUUUUGAGGAUACCGGCAUCCGAUGACAUGUGAGCAGAGGCGCAUGUGUCCAUAACCCACUCGGUAGGAGGGGGCUGAAGGCUCAUGGCGUUGAGCUGGUUGAUGAGGGCAGUGGCGUCCCAUGAUGGAGCGGUUGGGGCAGGGGCGUAGCCGUACGGUGCGGGUGUUGCAGGGGCGUAGCCAUACGGGGCAGCGGUGUUGUAGUAGCCGUACGGGGCGGGCGCCGCUGCCUGCGGGGACGCCAUGAAGCCGUGCGCCGUGAUACGUCUCCGACGUAUCGAUAAUUUCUUAUGUUCCAUGCCACAUUAUUGAUGUUAUCUACAUGUUU